AUGAAGCGUCACAAAGCGAAAGUGCGAAGACGAGAAACAGAAGGAAAUCCUUUGCUAACCAUAAACACCUCUUCUUUAGAGCUAGCACAUGAAAGCCAGAUUUGUCCGAGGAAUCACGAUUGGCUCAAACUGGUCCUAAUCGCCGUACUAGCUGCUGUUCCUUACAUUCCUUCCCUUGAUGGCGAGUUUGUCUUCGAUGACUCGGCCACCAUCAUCAACAACCCGGUAGUUACCGGAAAAACUCCUCUAAAGCAGGUAUUUACCACCGACUACUGGGGAUAUUCUAUUGCGUCACCACAAAGCCACAAAAGUUACAGACCACUGACGACGCUGACCUUUUGGUAA